CUCUCUAUACAACAACUACCUUGCAAUGAGCAGCAGUAUUGAUAUGAAAUCCAAAUUCAUGCAAGUUUAUGAAACUCUAAAAUUUGAGCUAACUCAUGAUCCUUCUUUUGAGUUUGAUCAUGAUUCUCGUCAAUGGGUCGACCAGAUGCUUGACUACAAUGUACCUAGAGGAAAGCUGAAUCGAGGCCUCUCUGUUGUCGACAGCUAUAAGUUACUUAAAGGAGAAGAACUGACCCAAGAAGAAACUUUUCUUUCAUGUACCCUUGGUUGGUGCAUUGAAUGGCUUCAAGCAUAUUUUCUUGUACUUGAUGACAUUACGGAUGAAUCUCAUACUCGUAGAGGUCAACCCUGUUGGUUCAGAUUACCCAAGGUUGGUAUGAUCGCUGUAAAUGAUGGACUCAUUCUUCGCAAUCAUAUUCCUAGAAUCCUAAAGAAGCAUUUCCGGGAGAAGCCUUACUAUGUGGAUCUAUUGGACCUCUUCAACGAGGUAGAAUUCCAAACAGCUUCUGGACAGAUGAUAGAUUUGAUUACUACACUUGCUGGAGAGAAAGAUCUCUCUAAGUAUUCUUUGUCGAUUCACCGCCGGAUUGCUCAGUACAAAACUGCCUAUUAUUCACUUUACAUUCCAGUUGCGUGUGCACUCCUUAUGUUUGGAGAGAAUCUCGAUGAUUAUGUUCAAGUGAAAGACGUCCUUGUUGAAAUGGGUACUUAUUAUCAAGUUCAGGAUGAUUAUCUUGAUUGCUUUGGUGCUCCUGAGGUGAUUGGCAAGAUUGGAACAGAUAUUGAAGACUUAAAGUGUUCAUGGUUGGUGGUAAAAGCGCUAGAACUUUCCAAUGAAGAACAAAAGAAACUUCUACAUGAGAACUAUGGUAGAAAGGAUCCAACUAGCGUAGUAAAAGUGAAAGAACUUUACCACACUCUUAACCUUCAGGCUGUUUUUGAAGACUACGAGAACACAAUUCAUGAAAAGUUGGUCAAAUCGAUUGAAGCUCACCCAAGCAAAGCAGUACAAGCUGUGUUAGAAUCUUUCUUGGGAAAGAUAUAUAAGAGGCAAAAGUAGCUCUUCUAGUUCCAUAAGAGUACAUGUUGUGUGUAUUUUUCACCAUUGUAUUUUGUUAAUUCAUCACAAUAAAAUACUCAUGAAUUUGCAUUUACAAAAAAGUACAUCACUUGAAACAACAAGCAAAUGUUGGAAGAUGGAAAUGUUUACAGCACCAAAUGAAGUAAUUACAACUUUACAAAAUAAGACUUAAAAAAUAGUAUAAGAAAAAAGUUGCAUCAAGGUUCCAUA